CUGUUUUGCCAGGUUGCAGUGUGUGAUAGAGAUGACUGUACCAGCUAGCUAGCUAGCAGGGUUUGCAUGCAAAAUGGUCAAAUGGAGCCAGUUAGCUAUAGCUCGCCAACGUUAGCCAAGUUUGGUGGCUGGCCGGCCAUACAACCUGACGUUACCUGAGAAGUUGCGUAACUUUUUAACGAAUUAACCGUUAGAUAACUAGCCAGGAAGUGUCCUGAUAGCGAAAGAGAUCAGUGUAACGUUUCGAAUAACGAUGAAGUCGAUGUAAAGUGGUUCUGUAUAGCCAUGGCUGUAACCACCGCGCUGGCGCAAGUGGAUAGAGAGAAAAUCUACCAGUGGAUCAAUGAGCUGUCCAGUCCGGAGACCCGCGAAAAUGCCCUGCUGGAGCUCAGCAAGAAGCGGGAGUCAGUACCUGACCUGGCCCCGAUGCUCUGGCACUCCUGUGGUACUAUUGCAGCCCUCCUGCAGGAGAUUGUCAACAUAUAUCCCUCCAUCAACCCACCUACUCUGACAGCUCACCAGUCCAACAGAGUAUGCAAUGCCUUAGCACUUCUCCAAUGUGUUGCUUCCCACCCCGAGACCAGAUCGGCUUUCCUGGCCGCACACAUCCCGCUGUUCCUCUACCCUUUCCUGCACACGGUCAGCAAAACGCGGCCCUUUGAGUACCUCCGUCUCACAAGCCUGGGAGUCAUUGGGGCAUUGGUAAAAACAGAUGAGCAAGAGGUGAUUAACUUCCUGCUAACGACAGAGAUCAUUCCCUUGUGCCUCCGAAUCAUGGAGUCGGGCAGCGAGCUCUCCAAAACGGUUGCCACCUUCAUACUGCAGAAAAUCCUCCUGGAUGACACAGGACUAGCGUACAUUUGCCAGACCUACGAGCGCUUCUCUCAUGUGGCCAUGAUCCUGGGGAAAAUGGUCCUGCAGCUCUCCAAAGAGCCUUCUGCACGUCUGCUUAAACAUGUCGUACGCUGUUACCUUCGCCUCUCUGACAAUGCCAGAGCCAGGGAGGCCCUACGGCAAUGCCUGCCUGACCAGCUGAAGGACACCACGUUUGCCCAGGUGCUGAAAGACGACACCACCACCAAACGCUGGCUGGCACAGCUGGUGAAGAACCUGCAGGAGGGCCAGGUCACAGACCCUCGGGGAAUCCCCUUGCCCCCCCAGUAAACUCUGCCAAACCCUGCCUCUGUUUAAGCACACACACACACACUCCUUCUCACACAUACUCACUCCC